AUGCACGGGCAUGAAGACACUGCCCGACUUCUCACUCCUGCAUACUACGAACUAUCUCUUUUCAGAAGAUUGAACUGCUCUGGCGCGCGAGGCAGGGCGCUGCAGAUCGUUAGAGCCCUCGCCUACGUGAGUUACCAAGUAUAUGAGAUCCGAGAAUACUCAGCUGAAGGAUCCUUGACUGGAGUCAGGAGCAACUUGACUCUAACCACCUUUCUGCACGAAGACGAGGUUCACGACCACGGCAUCGUUUUAAGCACUUCUGCACUCUUCUCGUCCUCGGGCUCUCUCCACAAAAGCUCAAAACUGGGCAGGGAAAUCUGGUCUGAUAGCAACCCCUACCAGGAGUUCACGGUGAUGGCUUCCCCCGAUACGACUGGAGGAAGUCCCCCGCUCGAGAUACAACCUCACGCCACGCGUCACGUCGCCCCAACCAACCCGCCACCUGGCCCAAAUUCACGCUUCACCAUAGUGUUUGGCCGGAAUUUUCUACUCACUGUUCGAACGGCAACUGCCCAAUUCGUUGUCGGCACCGACUCAGCGGUAUACUGGUCCACGCCAUCACGGGUCAGUUCGAAUGAUGAGCCUGUCGUUUCUCUGUGUAUCUACAUGGGAACUGGCCUCGACGUGCUAUUCAACCUUCUAAGAGCAAGAUUAGAGGAAGACGGCUACGAACCUCGCCUUUACACAGACGACAUUCCACCCAAUACCACCGAAAGUACCGAUCCAAAACCAUCACCUCUCGCGCAUUCUACGUCCUUCCCCACGGAUCUCUCCCUCUCCCUUGUCGGAAACGUUAUCGCAUUCGACGAUCUCACCAGUCCUGGAAACAUUCAUGGGUUCCGACGACUCCCUCUUACAUGUCGGCCCAAUAUUGACGAUCUGUACCCUAUCAUAUGUGGUGCCACCAACUGGUAUUAUCACUUACGGAGGUGUCCUGCGCCUUCGAGGAGGCAGCUGACCGGGAAGGGUGAUGGUACGGUAAAGUUAGAGGUCAUGGAGGUGGAGGAGGGCGAUGGGUGGGACGAGAUGUUGAUGCCAAAGUAUGUUCCGGUGAGGAGGGUGAAGACGAGUGCAGAGGCCGGUGGACAUGAGGGAUCGAAGUACGUUAAAGAACGUAUCGGGGUAGGAAGAGGAGAUAACGGCCCUGUGUAUAUUGAAGUCGAGGCGGAUGUGCCCAAGAUGUACGGUCAGGAAAUCACGAACGACUCAAAGUAUGCUUUGUAUCCCUCGCUACUUUACUUCGACAACAGCGACUUCAGCAUCGUGCGUUAUUACCUUACACCCUCGUCUCCUUCCACCGCUGUUCCAAACCCUCCUCUACCGGCAAACAGCACCCUCACACCUGGCUAUGGCGCAAGCGGAACACCGCCUCAUCUUUACUUUCUGCGUUUGAAUCAAGACCUCGACAUCGGAUAUAUCAAGCUUUUCCUGAAUACGAGAUACGUCGACCUCUCGCAUAUCGAGCAAAAAUCGCCAUUCGAGGGUGCGGAGGGAGCACGAUUAGCGGCUUUGAGCAGAGGUGUGGGCGGUGGGGAAGAUAGGCAGUCGAAGUGCAGAGGAAGGUUGACUGUCACGAUAGAGAAAGACCUGGGUCGGGGGAAGACGCUAGCAUACAGCGGCCUGCGACAACGGGACCAGGGUGGGGGAGCUUUUGGAGCAAAUUGGUUCGAACCGAUGCUGAGGUGGUCUGCCGAAGUGCCCUCGCCCCAAAUUAGCAACGUAAAUAUCUUGUUCACUCGUGGCUAG